UCGCAUUCGCAGAAAGCGUUGUUUUGCUUCAUCUUCAGCUAAAUUUCAGCCAAGAAGACACCUGUUUUACACUCAAACUUCAAAAUGUCUUCAGACUUUGAAGCCUACGAACAGGAUUUUGGAACCUUGACAGCAGAAAUAACAAACAAAAUUGGAAGGAUUCCCAAAUUAGGUGGAGAGGAGAAGACACAGCUGGUUCUAAAUGUCGACAAACAGCUUGAAGAAGUCAGAGAGUUGAUGGAGCAGAUGGAUCUGGAGGUGCGUGAGAUCCCCAUCCAGAGCAGAGGCAUGUACCAGAGCAGACUGAAGAGCUACAAGGGGGAGAUGGAGAAGCUGGAGAAAGACUUUAAAAGGUCACGUAUCGCCUACAGUGAUGAGGUGCGGAACGAGCUCCUGGGGGAAGACGCUGGCUCCUCGGAGAGUCAGUUGAUAAAGUUACGUGAAGAGAGAGCACAUCUGUUGGACAACACAGAGAAGCUGGAAAGGUCAUCUCGGAGGCUGGAAGCUGGCUACCAGAUAGCAGUGGAAACCGAACAAGUUGGCCAAGAGAUCCUGGCUAACCUACACACUGACCGCGAGAAGAUCCAGAGAUCCAGAGAUCGGCUGAGAGAGACCGAUGCAAACCUGGGCAAGAGCUCCCGCAUCCUAACGGGAAUGCUGAGAAGAAUCAUCCAGAACCGAGUCCUGGUCUUCGUCCUCGGCGCCACCAUCCUCCUCACCAUCAUUCUGGCCAUCUAUUUCAAUGUGCGAGGGCACUGAUCUCCCCCAAUGCUCACACACACACACACACACACACACACACACACACACACACACACACACUCCAUCACACACACACACACACACACACACAUGAUUAAUAGCGACAAAAGCGUUGCUCUGGAGUAAUUAGAACAAAUGGUUCCCAUGAAUCACUCUUUCUGGGCCCUGACAGGGGUCUCUCUCUCGCUCUCUUUCUCUCUGAGACAGCCCCCACUGUUUUUUUUUUUUUUGCUAUUGAUAAUAUUCAUGGUGUUGUUGUCACUGGACUGUGUUUGCAUUGGAGAUCCAUCUUUUCCCUGGUUAGAGAGGAAAAGGCUAGGCGGGUUCAAAUAUGUAGAACCUACUACUGUUUUAUUCGCCACGUCCAUUGUCUGACCUAAGGUGAUUGCGGUCCCAUUUCUAUAUAUAUAUAUGUGUGUGUGUGUGUGUAUGUGUGCAAAUAAGUGUGUGUGUGUGCAUGAGUGUGUGUGAGUGCUUGUAUAUCUGUUCGUGGAGCUUUUCUUUCCCUCUGUCAGACCAACUUUCAACACAGCUAGUCUAUUAAGCUCUAGACUCAACUCUUUGUGUACAAGAUUAACAUGGGGGCCUACUAUACGAAUUCACACACACAGCCUCCAGGCCUGUAGCUCCUAGCUAUCCUCUUUAUGAAACUGAACAUACAGCACAGCACAAAGGACAGUGCCUUCAAAUAAGAGGUGGUAUUCAGAGUCACCUUUUUCAACACGGUUGGGCCCAAAUAUGAGAUAUACAUUUGUAAAUGGAAGAUAUAUUCAACCUAUAGAAAAUGCAUGAAAAGUUUUGCUUGUGUUUUAGCUCAAGGAUGGAGACCCAGGAUUUGCUAGGAAAGCCCCUUUUUACUCACUCCUAUCACUGUUAUCUGACUGUAAGGGAUCUCAAUAUUGUCCAGACUCCAUGAACACACAUGACAUUAAUAGAGAAUUGAUAAUAGUAGGCAACAUACUGUACUAAAUGGCAAAUGUACAUACGUAGAAAAAUAGUUUUUUUUUUGUUUUUCAACAGUAAUUCUGUUACUAUUUAUUUAUAAAAUUGUUUUAGAAUUGAUGAUAAUCCCAAAAAACUAUCAUUAAAGAUUAUGUGAUAGUAAGUGUAUAUUUUAUGAAGUCUAUUAUAAACGUAAACUGACGCAGACCAAUCGUCUUUGGCCGGCGAAUCACGACAUGUAUAGUAUGUAUAGUCCAGGACCAAUUGAAACAUGGAUUGCUUUGAUUGUGUGUGAAUUUAGACGUAAGUCAUUUUUAAUAUGAGUGAAAUUUCUCUGUUGUCCUGUCUAAAUACUUGUAUUUCUUCUUUUUUUGUCGAGUUGUAAUGAUGACAAUAAUAAUGCAGUACUUUUAUGUAGAGCCUUUUACCCAAAAGUCUUCAAGCUGACAAUGAUGUUCCUUGCUCUUUUUACCAACUCACAAUACUGUGUGUGUUUUAGUCCAGUCCUUGUUUUGUAGGGGAAAGCCAUUCUAUUGUUUGUGAACAGGUUCAUAUUGUUGCAUUUUAUGUGUAUAAUUAGAGGCACUGCAAAUGUUGGACUGUUGAGGGUGAUUCUAGUGUCCAGUCAUGAGGGCUGAAUUAUGCUCUCAUUAACCCUGUAGCUCACACAUUACACUCACACAGAAAUAUACUCUCACUAAAACCUACACAGGUACCCCCACGUCCACCUCCUUCAAACACACACAACAGACAGACAGACGACCGGUGGUCUCAGCCUGGCUCAGACCAGACGGCCGCCUGCCUCCGUGUGGUAGAACGCGCACGAGAGCGAUGCCAUUUGCUAUUCCGUUUCAGGCCAUGCGGAUUGUAUUAUUUUGGAAGCGGGCUUGGUCGGGGGGCUUUCUCUGCCACCACCUCCCAACCGCCCGGCGGUUUCAAAGGUUCAAAUUAAUGGGCAACAAAAUAGUGCGUCUCCGUCCGUCCCAUGUGGGGCCAACCCGUGGAGAGUUAUCAUUAAGUUGAGGAAUAAUGGAAGUAAGAGGAGGGGGGGGAGAAAUCCCUGACAGUUUGACAAACCUCAUUAGAUAAUCACCUGUGCGAUUAGUUUUUCCAUCAAAAGGAGAAACUGGUGUGUGUGGAGGUCUGUAUGAGAGUCUAUGCAUGGAGGUUGGUGUAUAUGAGCAAAAUAACAUAUUAUUGUGUGUAUGUAUCUGCUAGUCACCUAUGUGUGUGCCUGCGUGUGCUCGUCCUCUCCCCUGUCCCUUCCCUCCUUUCUCCCUCCCCUCUCCCCCCUCACCCCCUCCCUCUAUCUCUCUCUCCCGGCCUGUCAGGAUGAGCUGAGUUGUAGCGCUGCUGCAGCCUCCUUUCCACCGUGCAGCGUGGCUGCGGCAGGCAGUGAGCGCGGCUCUAUUUGAAGUUGUAAUGGUGUCAAAAAGUCAGGGCUGACUGACAGCCGUCAGUCCCACAGGGCCUCAUUAAAAACAGACCCACUUGACAAGGAAAUAAUUGAGCGCCGGCGACAACUCUGCCUGGGCUCCGUUUAGAUGUUUUUAUUUUCUUUCAUUAUUAUUUCUGGCUAUUAUGUUCAUUAAGAAAUUGCAUUAAACAACUUUAGAUAUGGGGGGGCUAACAAUUUGUUUUGGGGGGGGGGGGAUUAUUUAAACAGGAAGCCUGUCGUGAUUCCUUGGCUUGGCAGACGCCUGGUAUCAUCUGCCAGCUUUCUCCUUUUUCUUCUCUCCUUCUUUCUCUCAUUCUCCUUUUUCUCUGCCCAUCCUAGUCUUUCCUUUUUUUCAUCCCUCUAAUACAGUAUCUCUACAUGCCUCCCUCCUCCUCUCCUCAUCUCCCACUUCUCUCUAUCCAUCCCUCUCUCUCCUUCCCUCUCUCU